UGGAAGCUGAUAUAAGCGUUUCCUCUCAGGUGACGCUGUUUGUCCCGAUGAUCCGCGCGGGCCGACAUGGACUUGCGCCAGUUUAUCUGUUUGAUUCUUCUGGCGAGUCUGACAGUUUCCCGAGGUCAGAUUUUGGGAUGCAAUCAAGGCCAGUGGCAGUGUGAUGAUGGACUCUGUAUCCCUGAUGUCUGGAGAUGUGAUGGAGCUGGAGACUGUGUGGAUGGAUCUGAUGAAAUGGAUUGCACUACGGGUCUAGACUCGCCUGAAUGUCCACCAGGUCAGUUUCCUUGCAUGGACACUGUCGGCUGUGUUGAUGCAUCAGCCCGCUGUGACGGACAAAUCCAGUGUCCCACCGGCUCCGAUGAGGAGAACUGUACAGCUACAGAGGACUGUUUGGAGUCCGACUGGACCUGUCGAAACCACAUCUGUAUCCCCAAAGAAUUGCGCUGCAAUGGAGUGAAUGACUGCCUGGACAACUCCGAUGAAGAGGACUGUGGUCUGUGUGGUGAGGACGGCCUUCGGUGUCCUGAAGGAACAUGUCUGUCUGCUGAAGAGAGGUGUGACGGGCAGAUUCACUGCUCAGAUGGCAGCGACGAGCCCAUAACCUGCGGUCGGAUUUGCUCUAUGAACAAUGGUGGUUGUAGCCAUGUGUGUGUCGAUGAAGCCUGGGGAGCUCUGUGUGCUUGCCCUUCUGGAUAUAAGCUCUCUCCCAAUGGAGCAGUCUGUGAAGAUUUGGAUGAAUGUGCUCCACCCUUUGCUCCCUGUAUGCAUCACUGCAUGAACACCAUCGGCUCCUUCUAUUGCCACUGCAGAGACGGAUUCAAACUGGAUGGAGGCUCCGCAUGUGUGGCUACAGGUGAUGCUAUCAGAUUGUUAACGGUGCAGAGGAAAACCAUUGGGCUGUUGAAUGUGAAGUCUCUACAGUUUGACGCUAUCCAGACCACAAUGUCUGACCCAGUGGCUUUGACUUUUGAUGUUACCCGAGGCUGGUACUACUGGGCUGACAACCAGGGCAGUAUUUAUAAAAGCGACGGACAGAAUAGCUCAACAAUCUAUACUGGUGAGCCUGGAAUCAAGGGUCUAGCCUGUGAUUGGCUGAAUGGAAACAUCUUCUGGACCAAUCAGAAGACUGAGUCAAUCUACAUGCAGGGAGCUGAUGGGAAAAGUUACACUACUUUGCUGAGCAAAAACACCAGUCCAUCAGAGUUGGUGCUUAUACCUGUGGAGAGCUUGAUGUUCUGGAUCAGUACCAGUCACGGGAGCAGAGUGACAAUAGAGAGGUCGUGGAUGGAUGGGUCAGAGCGAAGCUCUCUGACGGCACUCACUGCUCAAUCUGCUCACAGUCUCACUGCUGACGUGGCUGCCAGGAGGCUGUACUGGAUCAGUGACUUCAAGAAGUCCAUAGAGACGGUGAAGGUGGAUGGAACUGGCCAUUACUCCUUCACAGGACUGUUCAACAGGAGACCGGCUCUCAGCCUGGCUGUGUUUGGAAGUUCGUUCUACUGGGUGGAUGACAAAGGACUGUGGAAAGUUCCACAGAACCAACCAAACCAGAAGAAAUUCAUCUGGAAAGCUGCACUGCCAGUAUUGGCUGUUUACAACAAGCUACAGCAGCCUGAAGGUACCUCUGCAUGUGCGAAGACUUCAUGUCACUUCUGCCAGCUAACUAAAGGCAACCCUUUUGGAUUCACCUGUGCUUGUCCAAACUCCCAAGUACUCUUGCUUGAUGGGACAUGUGAUUAUCCAAGGUUUGUGUAUGCUACCAUGACCAACAUCAACAUGUUGGAGUUUAGAGGCAGAGACGCCACCCAAACCCAACUGUUUGCCACUGACGAUGGCAUCCUGUCAUUUGAUAUCGACUGGUACCGAAAAUGGCUAUACUGGACUAACGAAACUGGCCAUGUCCAACGCACCAGUCUAACCCAGGUCAAGACUGAGGGGGUCCCAACUCCUGUGCCAGUUUGUCUGAUAAAAGUAGACCCGCGGAGAGGGAACAUUUACUGGGUGUCAUGUGACCAAAACAGCAUCGGUACCAUCACGGCCGACAGCCAAUACUCAAAGCAGCUGUACAGCACAACAAAGAAGAUCCAAGAUCUGUAUUUGGACUGGCUCAGGGAUGGCAUCGUGUGGCUGGAGGAAGAGCGACUUCUCACCAUGAGCAUGAUGGGAGACAAACCCAAAGAGCUGCUGCAGUUAGCCGGGGGACUCCGAGGGAACAUCGCUUUCGACCUCAGGGCUGAUAGUCUGCUCUGGAACUCAAAAAGGGCAGGUUUGACAACAAUGAGUUUGCUGCAGCAAAGAAGCCACCGAGCUGGUAGAAGAUGGAAGAUUUCUGGCUCGAUCGUAGCUGCCCUCGAGCCCUUCCUGUUAUCGCUUUCUGAUAAUGUCAUGACUCUGUGGGAUCGGCGUGAUGGCAGCGCCAUCCAAAACAUGGCUGUGGAAGGUCAUGUGCUGAGUGUAGUGGCUGCACUUGGGGAUGUAAGAACAGUGCCCAAUACUCCAGUCUGCAGUGAACCCUCUGUGCGGUGCAGACACUCAUCAGUGUGUCUUUCACAAGCCCAGCUGUGUGACGGGGAAAAGGACUGCCCUGAUGGAGAUGAUGAGGAUUUUUGUGUAACCACAUGUCCAUCUAAAGAUGAUUUCAAGUGCAAGGAUCGUAGAAGCUGUAUCUCCGGGAAUCUGGUUUGUGACGGUCGUUCUCAUUGUCGUGACGGCUCAGAUGAAGUCGACUGUCCAACUGUAGCUUCUCCUGCAGCUCGGGCGAGCGUUCUCAAGUGUCGCACUGGCUCAAAGCCAUGUAAAGAUGGCACGGAGUGUGUUUUAUACAGCCACGUGUGUGAUGGGGAAAAGGACUGUCGGGAUGGAUCAGAUGAAGAAGGAUGUGAUGCCACAGAGCCGACCACGACUCCACUAAAACCAAAUAUUGAUCCAUCAGAUGAAGUGCUGUCUGCCACCAAACCUCCUGCUCCAACUGUGCCGGCCUGCAGCAGCCCCUCUGUGCUCUGUCCUCAUUCCUCUGACCAUCUCUGCAUUUCUCCAAGCCAGUUUUGCGACGGGCGUAAAGACUGCCCUGAUGGCUUUGAUGAACAGAACUGCGUGAAAAGAUGUCCCUCAAAAAACGACUUCCGCUGCAAGGACCGCAGGAGCUGCAUCUCCAAGAGUCUGGUUUGUGACGGUCGUUCCCAUUGCCGCGAUGGCUCCGAUGAGGCCGACUGUCCGAGCGUAACUCCACCUGCAGCUCGGGCGAACAUCCUGAAAUGUCGCUUGGGCUCCAGACAGUGUCAGGACGGCACAGAAUGUGUCCUCUUCCAUCACGUUUGUGAUGGAGAGAAAGACUGCCGCGAUGGAUCAGAUGAAGAGGGAUGUGAUGCUGCAGAGAUUGCCCCUACCACUGCUAUGGAAAACUUAAGUGAAUCCCCUUUACCCGUCAAAUCCUUGACUGAGCCUCCCGCCAAGCCAUCCUGCACCAGUCCUUCAGUUCUUUGUCCAGGUUCUUCUUCAUGCAUCAACCCAACACAGUUUUGUGAUGGAAAAAAAGACUGCCCUGAUGGAUCUGACGAGAACUGUGUAAAAAGAUGUCCUUACAAGACUGAUUUUCUCUGCAAGGACCGUCGGAGCUGCGUUUCCAAGAGUCUAGUUUGUGACGGCCGUUCUCACUGCCACGACGAAUCAGAUGAAGUCAACUGUCCGAGUGUUACUCCUCCUGCAGCUCGGGCGAACGUCCUGAAGUGUCGCUUGGGCUCAAAGCCAUGCAAAGACGGCACAGAAUGUGUCCUCUUCAGCCACGUGUGUGACGGAGAGAUAGACUGCCGGGAUGGAUCAGAUGAAGAAGGAUGUGAGACUGUCCCUACCACUGCUACAGAAAACUUAAAUGAAUCCCCUUUACCCGUCAAAUCCUUUUCUGAGCCUCCUGCCAAGCCAUCCUGCACCAGUCCUUCAGUUCUUUGUCCAGGUUCUUCUUCAUGCAUCAACCCAACACAGUUUUGUGAUGGAAAAAAAGACUGCCCUGAUGGAUCUGACGAAAACUGUGUAAAAAGAUGUCCUUACAAGACUGAUUUUCUCUGCAAGGACCGUCGGAGCUGCGUUUCCAAGAGUCUGGUUUGUGACGGCCGUUCUCAUUGCCACGACGCCUCAGAUGAAGUCAGCUGUCCCAGUGUUACUCCUCCUGCACCUCGGCCGAACGUCCUCAAGUGUCGCUUGGGCUCAAAGCCAUGCAAAGACGGCACAGAAUGUGUCCUCUUCAGCCACGUGUGUGACGGAGAGAAGGACUGCCGGGAUGGAUCAGAUGAAGAAGGAUGUGACACCACCAUUCUAGGAGAGAAUCUCCACUUAAACAAAUCACCUGCACGUGUCAAGUCAUUUACUGAGCCUCUCGUCAAGCCAUCCUGCACCAGUCCUUCAGUUCUUUGUCCAGGUUCUUCUUUAUGCAUCAACCCAAAACAGUUUUGUGAUGGAAAAAAAGACUGCCCUGAUGGAUCUGACGAGAACUGUGUGAAAAGAUGUCCUUACAAGACUGAUUUUCUGUGCAAGGACCGUCGGAGCUGCGUUUCCAAAAGUCUAGUUUGUGACGGCCGUUCUCACUGCCACGACGAAUCAGAUGAAGUCAACUGUCCGAGUGUUACUCCUCCUGCAGCUCAGGCGAACGUCCUGAAGUGUCGCUUGGGCUCAAAGCCAUGCAAAGACGGCACAGAAUGCGUCCUCUUCAGCCACGUGUGUGACGGGGAAAAUGACUGUAUGGAUGCAUCUGAUGAACAGGGAUGCCCAGAAACCUGCAACCAAGGUGAGUUUCAGUGCUCUCACGGGAAGAUGUGCAUUCCUGAGGCUCAGGUGUGUGACGGGAAGUCGCAGUGUCGGGACCAGUCUGAUGAACUAGGCUGCAGGGAAGGAACCAAGAGCUGUGAGCAUCGCUGCGCUGACGGCAAUCGCUGCAUCCCCGAGAAAUUCCUGUGUGAUGGAGAGAGAGACUGCCCAGAUGGCACAGAUGAGGUGGGCUGCGACACUGUUACUGCAGCAACAAAAGAGUCUCCCGUUCUCCCUUCCGCAUCCACUUGCAUCACUCCGUCAGUUCAAUGUCCAGGUUCAUCACAGUGUGUCUCUCAAAAUCAGCUGUGUGAUGGACAAACAGACUGCCCUGAUGGAUCUGACGAAACAAACUGUGUGGCUCAGUGUAAAAACCCAGAUGACUUCUUGUGCAGCGACCAGAGGGCAUGUGUCCCCAGGAUGGAAGUGUGUGACGGUCGUUCUCACUGUCCUGACGGCUCAGAUGAGAAGCAGUGUCAAUCAGCAGAUCCUAUUGCUCCUACUUCCGCAAAUGGACCGAGUGCCAAAGCAGCCCAACUGAGGUGUCGCAAUGGUUUCAAGCCAUGUAAAGAUGGCCUGGGGUGUGUUAUGUACAGCCAUGUGUGUGAUGGAGAGAAGGACUGCCAAGAUGGAUCAGACGAAGAGGGAUGUGCUUCUGAAUGCAAACCAGCUGAGUUCCAGUGUGCUCACGGGAGCAGAUGCAUCCCAAAAGAGCAGGUUUGUGACGGGCAGAAUGACUGUCAAGACCGAUCGGAUGAAAUGGACUGUUCAACUGUGAUUGAGGGCUGCCAUCAUCGCUGUGAUAACAACACUCGCUGUAUACCAGAGACCUUCCUGUGUGAUGGCGAGAAAGACUGCGCUGAUGGGUCAGAUGAAGAAAAGUGUGGUUUAGUGGCCUGUGCGAUAAACCAGUUCCGCUGUUUUAGCGGUCAGUGUGUUUCUGAGGCUCUGAGAUGUGACGGAUACGCUGACUGCAGUGAUCGCUCUGAUGAAGUGGAUUGCACGAGACCUCCGCGCUGUCCGGUCCAGCUCCGAUGCCCAAAUAGUCACGAGUGCCUGCAGAAAGAAUGGCUCUGCGAUGGUGAGGAUGACUGCAAAGACGGGUCAGACGAGAAGAACUGCAUGUCACCACAAGCAAAAUGCAGAAAAUACCAGUGGCAGUGUGGAGACAGCAGUCAGUGCAUUCCUCUGUCCUGGAGGUGUGACGGAAAAAAGGACUGUCACAACGGCGUGGAUGAAGACAAAUGCAGCCAGAAAAAAUGCCCCUCUCACCUUUACCAGUGCGGCAGCGGCGAGUGUUUAGACCCCCGCCUGGUGUGUAAUGGCUUCACCAACUGUGCUGACAGCUCAGAUGAGGGGGCGGGAUGCGCUCAACGCAACUGCUCCAGCCCAUCAGCUCCUCGGUGUGACCACCACUGUGUCAGCACCCCAAAUGGCCCGAGUUGUUACUGUGCUGCGGGUUUCAGACUACAGUCCAGUGCUGCGUCCUGUGUGGACAUUGACGAGUGCAAUGCAAUGCCGCAUGCCGUUUGCAAACACACCUGCCUGAACACCCGUGGAUCUUACGUCUGUCAUUGCCGCCCCGACUUCUACCUGGAACCUGACAACACAAGCUGCAAGACCAGAGACGAGCCUUUGCUUCUGGCAUCUGUGCAGUCGGAGCUGUUACUCCUGGGAGUUCAUAGUAGCACCUUGCGUCUUCUGUCCUCUGCCAGUCGACCGGUCUUCUCGCUAGAUUAUCAUUGGGCUCAGCAGAGAGUUUACUGGCUGAGUCCCGACUACCAGAGCAUCCGCUGGGCUGACAUGAAAAAUUCAAACAACAAAGGGACACUUUUAAAAGGGGUUAAGUCAGAUUUCAUCGCAGUGGACUGGGUUGGUAAGAACCUGUACUGGGUGGAUGGACUGGUUGGCCAGAUUCUGGCUGUGAAGCUCAGCGAUGUCACAGUAAUGUCUCAGGACUACACUGUGGUCCUGGGUGAAGAUCUGGAACAGCCCAGCUCAUUGGUUCUUCUGCCACACAGAGGGUUAAUGCUUUGGUCUGAGAUCGGCAGCACCCCUCAGAUCGAGCGGUCUGGGAUGGACGGUUCAAAGAGGAAGGUAGUAGUAAGCCGGGACUUGAGCUGGCCAGUCAGUCUGGCCUAUGACCUGCUGGACAACAGGGUGUACUGGGCUGAUGAGAAGCUGCGCUGCAUUGGCUCGGCCUCUCUGGAUGGAGACAAUAUCAAGAUCCUCCAGUUGGCUGAAACACCAAGUCCUUUCUCAGUGGCGGUCUUCAAUGACAGAGUCUUCUGGUCAGACACGAAAAGAAGAACCAUCCGCUCGGCUGACAAGAACACUGGCAAAGAUCAAAAGAUCCUUCUAAAGAGACCAGGGCAACCAUUUGGACUGAAACUGAUGCAUGGACUCUCCCAACCCGCCAUACCCAGCCCCUGUGACCAGCUGCACUGCUCCCACCUCUGUCUCCUGGCCCCGGCAGUGAGGGGCAGGUCUGGAGCACCAGGAGCUCCAGCUGCGAGGGGACCGACGGCAGUUUGUCGCUGCCCAAAGGGAAUGCUACUUUCCAAGGAUAAGAUUACCUGCUCUGUGCCUACGGAGUCAACUUUCAUCCUGCUUCUGUCUCGUACGACCGUCUACCAGAUUUACUUGCACUCUAUGCGUCGGGAUGGCAUUGCUCUGAAAAAAAUGCCAAACAGCCGAGUUUUAGCCCUUCCCGGAGUAACCGACGCAUUAGCAUUGGAUGUUUCCAUCCAGGAUCUUUCUCUGUAUGUGGCUGAUGCAAGUCAAGGAACUGUGGAUGUGCUGAAACUGAGCGGCUCCAGGUCGAGACAGGGACUAACACCCUCUGGACAAAUCUUAAAGCUGAAGGAUGAUUCAGUCACAGCUUUGGCAGUUGACUGGGUGACCUCCAACUUGUACUGGAGCAGCAGCGAGAGGCCCGAUCUCCACGUGACCUCCCGUCAUGACGGCUACACCACGUCACUGCUGCAGGGAUCACUGAAGGGCACCACUUCUAUUGCAGUACAUCCCCCAUCGGGACGACUUUGCUACACAGCAAUAGUUGUGGCAGGUGGGAAGAGCCAGACAGAGGUGGACUGUGCCUGGAUGGAUGGCCGUAACAAAGCGGUGUUAUGGAGGAAGUCAAGCAUCCCCACUUCAUUGGUCUUUUCCAAUCAAGGAACCAUGAUCUACUGGGCUGACACAAGUGAAGGUGUAAUCAGCUCCAUUGGAGUGGAUGGAACAGGAUAUAAACAGUACAAAACAGGCCCAGGGCUGCUCAUCUCCUUCACACAUACUGAGAACAUCCUCCUCUGGGUCACCCUAGACAAAGAUGUAACCAAGCUGUGGUUCAGUGAUGGUCUUCAGCCUAACCAACUGUGGUUUGAGACAAAGACCAGCCUGGUGGAUGUCAGAGCCUACAGCACCGACAGUCAGUCUGGAACUAAUCGCUGUUCCAAAAACAAUGGUGGAUGUGCCCAGCUGUGUCUGUCCUAUCCCGGAGGUCGAACAUGUAAAUGUGGACGGGGCUUCUAUGCUGUCAAUACCACUUCCUGUGCCCCGCUCCCCGACUGCCCCACUGGGCAAGAAUCCUGCUUUGACGGGAGCAGGUGUCUCAGCAGCAGCAAGUUCUGUGAUGGGCAUGUGGACUGUCCAGACCAGUCAGAUGAACAGGACUGUCCAAACACAAACUCUUUCGGGACCAAAUCCAGUGAUGGCCACCCUCCCCAGUCUUCAUCCCCAUUUCAACCCAACACCCAAAAGAACUCUAUUCUUCCAGUUAAAAAAGACUCCUGUGAUCUCCAGCUCUGCCACAGUCACGGUAACUGCAUCACAGAAGGCAAAGUCACUCGCUGCCAGUGCAUGGAUGGUUAUAAGGGGGAGUUCUGUCAAGAGACCGAAACUGGACGAAGCCACGUGGCUGUGAUCUUGGGUGUCUUAUGCCUCAUUGCUGUAUUGAUGGGGGCUGCUGUUAUUUUCAAUAAAAGGAGAACCUGGGCGUCGAUCAGGAACCGAUCCAUUGAGAAAGAAACUCUGAUGGCCAACAUGGGCCUCCCAUGUGAACAAUACGAUUCCGACUCUGAGGAGCUGGAUUCCCCUGUAGAUGUAAAGAACCCUCCACUGCUGUUAAGGUCGCUACAACUAAAAUAAUGUAAUGUUUAAGGAUGCAUUCCUGUGGUGCUGAUGGAGAUUGUUGGUGUAAUAAAAGUGAUAAAGUAUGAACCAAA